UCACACCCACACUAAAAACCCGGCAGUAACUUGGUAUUGCAGCGUGCACGCGAGAUUCGGGAACGCGCACGUGCUGGCUGCUGUGCUGUCUUCUUGAGGAAGCGAUUAAGCGUCGAAGUGUACCUCUGCAGGGCGUCGGAUGAUUUAUUUUUGUGUCUGCGGUACACUCCUAAACUGUCAUUCUACGUAUUUACAACACAGAUAUUAUUUUAGCGGCUACACGUGAGAGUCUUAAAGCAGCUCAAAAAACGCCCAACAGCCGACAGGGUUUUGUUGGAUUUGAUAUUCAUCCAACCAGACAAGGAAAAGUAAUGAGGUGACUAUGAAGAGACUUGAAUUACAUAUAAGAGAAAGGUGUGAAAGGACAUUUUUUGGCUUUUCCUUAUUUAUCCUGAAUCAAGUAUGACAUUACGAGAAUCUGCCUUUGCCAAUGGCUUUCUUGCUGGUGUGCACUGCCUGGCUUGGGCACUUAUAUUCCCUUGUUACUGGUUCUUGGAUCGACUUAUUUCAGUGUGCAUUCCUACUACAAAGGAACGAAUGCAUCGUCGAGAGCAGGCAUGCUAUAUUUUACCUUUAAAAGUAAUUUUUGGUUCUCUUGUAUUUUCAUUUCUGUUUUUGCUCACCUCUCCGAUUGCAUUGAUUGGCUUUCUCUUAUGGGUGCCGCUACAAUUGAAAAGGCGACCCUUUGUCUAUUUCCACAAGUGUUCCACUUCUGAGGAUGAAAGUUUGAAAGAGAAAACAGAUGACCAGGCUGUGCAGGCAAGCUUUGGGUUUUUAACAGCGAAUCUGUGUCUAUUGCCAGAUUGUUUAGCUCGAUUCAACAACCUGUCUGACACACAGCGAAGGUCUUCUGUCAUUGGCCAAUAUAUUGUUCAAGGUGUUACAAGACCCAGGAUAAAGAUUUAUGUUGAUUCACCCAGCAGUGGUACCUUAAGUCAUGGGAGUAAGAAUAGUCUUAUUACACCUUCUCAUACUGCCGGGGGCUGUACAGACUCCCAGUCACCUGGUAGGCCCCCUUUGCCGCCAGAUUCCCACGUUUCCAUUGAAGAUGAUAACACAUGUUUGGUUUUUGAAAAUGAGAAUCCUUUAAAUACCGGCCCUGAAGAUGUCACCAUUGCAGUAAGUGACAAUUUCAAAGAGCAAGAUCAUCGCGCAGAUGAAGCCGAAACAGUGUCAGACAAAAACUCUAACCAGAACUCUAAUGUCUUUGGACGUUUUAGCCAUAAAUUAAAGAAGGGUGGUGAUGUACCCUUUGAGAUCUCUGCUCAUUUCCCUGCAAGUGUGGAUUUUAUAUGCCUUCAAGAGGUCUUUGACAAAAGAGCAGCUAAAAAGCUCAAGGAACUUUUGAGUCCUGUAUUCAAUCAUGUGCUAUAUGAUGUGGGGAUCUAUGGCUUUCACUAUUGUUCUAGCUUCAAAUUCUUUAACAGUGGAAUUUUCUUUGCAAGUCGCCAUCCAAUAUUGGAUGCCACCUACCAUUGCUUCCCUAAUGGAAGGGGUGAAGAUUCCUUGGCUGCAAAGGGUCUGCUUUGUGUUAAGGUCCAACUGGAGCAUAACUACAAAGAGAAAAAGCUAAUUGGUUAUUUUAACUGCACACAUCUUCAUGCUCCUGAAGCUGAUGGGCAUAUCCGUUGUGAACAAAUGGAUCUGCUGAGCAAAUGGAUCGGUGAGUUUCAAGCACGCACCUUGAGGACUAAUGAGAAUGUGGCGUUUGAUGUUCUCUGUGGGGACUUCAACUUUGACAACACUUCCCCUGAUGACAAAUCAGAACAAAAUCAUAAGCUCUUUGAUGACUACCGGGAUCCUUGCAGAAAAGGUCCAGGGAAAGAAAAACCGCAAGUGAUAGGAACUCUUCUGGAGCAGCCCAAACUUUACAAGGUAGACUCUCCAGAAGAACUGCAGAGAGUGCUAGAAGAUGAGAAUGACAGGAAAAUAUUCCUGUCACCUCCUGUUGGCUUGGAUGGCAGUCCCUGCCAUGACAUGAACCCUGAAGCUCAGUGGGUUGGGAGACGCCUUGAUUACAUUCUGUACAGAGAGAAGCAGUUUACAACUGAAGUUGAAGAGUUCACAUUCAUCACUCACCUUGCUGGAUUGACUGACCAUCUUUCGGUUGGCAUGAGGCUAUUGGUGAACAUGGACAAUCCAUAAUGAGAUUCCACUUUGAUGCCCCCCAACAAAUCAACAUGGACCUCUAUUUUUUUCCCCAAAGCUCAUAAAGAAUUUGGUCAUCUUGAAGAGUAAGAAGACAUUUGUUGAAAGCGGGUUGGUAGAUUUCCUGGAUGCCAGUGCUCCCAGUUGCUUAUGCCAUGUCUUCACAUUUAUUUCCUGUGAAAUGUUCCUCCUUCUUCCCUGUAGGUUUGUGAGUGAAGCUAAGUAGCACUUUUUUUUUUUUAACUAUGUAAUUAGAAGUUUUUGAAACCCUGCAUUUUAUUUAAAAUCAUGAAUUGAAGCAGUUCCACAAUCUUAAAUGAGCCAGCCUGUGGGAAAGACAUUUUAAGGCAAGGACUACACCAUCCUGUUAAAAUAUAAAGAGAUUAGGUUGCUAGACCUUUGUGUUCUAAGGAGGAAAAUUGAGUCCUGAAUAAAAUGGAUGUAACUGAUGAUUCUUAAUGGAAGCCAUAACAGUGGGUGAAGCUCCUAUACUGAAAUCAUAUUCCAAAAGGCCAUAUUGUAUGGGUGGAGAGAAGUGAAAACAGGCUUGUAUACAGUAUUGCGGCUUCAUCGGCAGGUAAAAUAGAAAUGCUGGGCUCUUUUAAAUGUGUAAUCUUCUAACAUAUACAUUAAAACAUGUUAGACAGGGAGUCUGCAAGGCAGUAGUCAGUCUUCUUCCUCUUCAUCUCGUUCCACUUCUAUGUAUGGUUGAAGUCCCUGAUCAGCUCGGUCCUGCACCUCCUCCUCACUCCAGAUCUUUUAGUUUAUCCAUCCACCUCUGCUUUGGCUGCCCUCGCUUUCUCUUCCACUGCUCUUCUCUUUUGCCCACCUACUCUUUAUCUCUCCUCAUCACAUGGCCAUAUCACGUCAGCCUGCUUUCUGGUACUUUCUUAGCUUUCUCUCCCACUUUUGUUGUAUCUCUGAUUGUCUCAUUUUUUUAACUCCACACAACACAAGGCAGUAGUCAAUAUUUGAUUAUUUUAGUACUUUUUUUUUUUCUAUGCAAAGGAGGGGAAUAAAUAUUUUUGCACCCAAAAAACAGUAAAAACCCCUGAAAUUGUACCCCUGUGAUACAAGGGCAGUAAUUACACCCAACCAAGCGCCAAGACUGAUUGGUCUGUUGAAAUGCUUAACAGAAUUGAGAUUUACAAGAGUGUGCCACGAUGAACUGCCAAAACUACAGCAUGUGAGGCAGAGUGAGGGUUCAGUACACACAGCUAAUCAAGAGGGGUACAUGUUUAAAAUUUGGAGCUGACGUCCUUGUAGCUGUACCUAGCUGUUGUAAUGACAGCGUACGUGUUGAUGGAGUGAUUAAUUAAAAUCUUGCAAAGUCGUCCACCCAGUGUUGCUAUUUAAAUUGCUUAACAAUUCCCAGCAUCUUUGGCUUUGCAUGAAUUGACUCAAUUGGAUUACUCCCUUUUUAAUUUUAUCAUUCAUUUCUGUCCAAUUAAAAAAAGAAUAUAUAUAUAUAUACAUACAUACAUACUUGGGGUAAAUGUAUUCUUUUCUUUGCCUGUGGUUUUUUAUCUUGCAUUGUAAGUUUCUCAAAGUGCCAUAUGUGACAUGUCCAAUUCACUUUGCAGAGAGAAGUGCUGUUAUUACACUUUGAGCCCCUGCAGGUAAGUAAGUCGCUCCAUUGUGCUGUAAGGUGCCAUUCUGCCUACCCACGUGUUGGCUUUUAGUUGAGUGGGAGUGAAACAGGAAAUGGUUGAUGUUAAGCUUGCUUGUUUUCUAGUUGCUGUACAAUUAGAAAGCCUUUUGAGUGGUGAUCAGGAAAGAAGCAUUUUAAGGCUGGGCACUUUUUUCUUUUCUUUCUUUAAAGAUAGGAGCUCUCGCUGCUGUCUGCUUACCUCAGAAAGUUGACCUCCAUUGUGAGGUUCACAGAAACGUUUAAAUCUGAAAGGUGCAUUUUUUGUAUUGUGACUUUAACUCUUCAGACGAGUUGAUUUGAGAUUUGAAAUAGUAUUUCCAAGCCGAAUUACAAUAUACUGUAUUGUAGAAGACAUUACUGUUUCAGUAUUGUAAGUGAUAAGGCCCAUUUCCAGCUUCAUGGUUUACUUUGGGAACAAUGCUUAAUAAAGAUGGGUUAAAUGCUUUCUUAGACAUAGUUGUAGCCAUUGGCAUCCAAACUAGUCCUGCAGGGUCUGAACUUUCACAGAUGUGGCACCCCCAGUGUGUCUCCUUCUGCUGGCUUUAUUUGGAGCUAAAGAGCAGGAUGGUCAGUUAAUAUAUAAGCAUACUGUGCCCACUCACAGAGGGAUGAACAUGAACAUCAGUGAUGUGGCGGUUGUGAGUUGCGUUACUUCACUGGUUCUGAAGCGGCUGCAGAUGUUUGUUCCAGCCAAUUUCACGGUCAGGGAGUCCUAUUACUUGUAAUCAAUUUCAUUGUUUUAAGUUUUAUUUUGCAUUCUGAAAAGUGCAGUAACCAGCCUAGUGCAGUGCCUGCUCGACCGUUGACUGGUGUGCCAGCUUUUACGUCCCUCUAGCUUUGUGUUUACAUCAGAUGAGGGUCCACGGUGGGAGCUUUGUCAUAUUAUAUACAGUUACGUGCUUAGCUCAAUUUUGUCACUUUAUUUUUGUUGGAAAAACAUAGAAAGUGGGAAAUAACAGCUUGCUUAAUUUCAGUAGGAGUCAAAUUAAAGAGUCGGCUGGGAUGAAAACGUGCAGUCGCAGGGUGCCCUCAGCAUUGACUUUGACUUGUAUUCUCCAUUUCAUAGCUGCCGGCAUUAGAAAGGAGCGUCGCUCAUGUUGGCUCUUUGCUGUGACCUGCUGCUUAGGACAGGGCCGUCCACCUAAGAUGAAGAGGCUGCUGCUUUAGCCUCUCUCAUAAAAGUGCCUGUCAGGGUUAAAUAACUUUGUCUCAGUGAUGCUCUGCCAUUGGCACUUUCUGGAUUGCCUAGAAGAAUGGAUGCCCAACAGCAACUGGUUUAAACGCAAUUUAACUGACUUAUGUGGAGAAAUCGAAUCCAGAAGGACCUGCAAGGGUUCCUUAACAUUUAUAGAAACUCACUGAAGAGCAAAGGCAGAGCCAAGUGGCUGAAUUUGAAUUGAACAAACCUACAGGGCAGAGCACGUCUGUAAAAAGGGGCACAUUGGAGACCCGAAGGCCAUUUUAGUAAACUGUGUGUAUCUGUGAAAGUAAAAUGUUUCAGCCAUUUUGUAAA